AUGGAGAGAAAGGAAGAUGUUCUUUACUGUAAUCAAGACGGAAACUCUUCUUGCAGAAAUGCUUUGCUAUCGACAUCUUUUUACAUAACACUGUAUAUCUUCUUCUCAUUGAUUUCAGCGGUUACAGUAUUUUUGAACCUACUGGUGAUCAUCUCCAUCUCUCACUUCAAGCAGCUCCACACUCCAACCAACCUGCUCAUCCUCUCUCUGGCUGUGUCAGAUCUCCUGGUGGGACUGAUUGUGAUACCAGUAGUGACUAUAGCAAUAAUGGAACCAUGCUGGGGUUUUGGGGAAUAUUUCUGUGCGUUUCAUUUCUACAUUACUUUUUUAUGUAGUUCUUUAUCGCUUGGCAAUUUGGUCCUGAUAUCUAUUGACCGCUAUGUUGCUGUGUGUGAUCCCUUAUUGUACCACUCUAAAAUAACAAUAACAAGAAUUAUAUCACAGGCCAGAAAGGUAUUUUCAAAAGAGGCUGCCUGUGUAUCUGGUGUUAAAACUGUACAGGCUAAAAAGUCUGAGAGAAAAGCAACAAAAACUCUAGCUAUUGUUAUUGUCAACUAUUUCAUUUGUUGGAUUCCAGCUCUAUUUAU